AUGAGCAGUGUUAUAAAUUAUGAUAAAUUUAAUAAAAUAGACAUAAGUUCAUCAGAUGAUGAGAAUAAGAAAAGGUUACAUCCACAGUUAAGAAAGUUAGAUAACAAGGAUAAAGUUGUUAUAGGACCUGAUGGAUUAACAAUUUUAAAGAAUCAUAAAAAGGAUGAAAAAAUAAAACAUGAUAAAUAUAAUAACACUUCAAAAAAUGUAGAAGAAAUAAAAGAUAAGAACGAUGAACAUGAGAACAUAUAUAAAGAAAGUAAUAAUGCUUUAAAUAAAAAUAAUAAUAUACAUUUUGAAAAUAUUAAUAAUAAUAUUCCUAAUGAUAAGUUAAUAAAUAAUAAUAAAAAGUUUAAAGAUAUGUUUAUAAAUGGGGCUGUAAUUCCUUUUGAGUAUAUCUGGAAUCAGUCUAUAGAUUAUAUUAAUGCUUUUAUAUGUUUACCAUUAAAUUGUAAAGCUAAAAAUUUAAUUGUAGAUAUAAAAGAAGAUAAAUUAAUUGUUAAAAGAAAGAACUACCAAAGUUAUAUUAAUAAUAAUAAUAAUAUUAAUAAUAAUAAUAAUAUUAAUAAUAAUAAUAAUAAUAAUAAUAAUAAUAAUAAUAAUAUUAAUAAUAAUAAUAAUAUUAAUAAUAAUAGUGUAUGUAGUCAACAUAACACUCAAGUCAAUUCUUUUCAUAACAAUAUUGAAAUUUUAAUUAAUAAAGAAUUCCCUUUCAAAAUUAAUAAUGAUGAAGAUACACAAAUAUGGGAAAUAAAAAAUAUGCAAAUUAAUUGGUUCACACUUUUUAAUUUAUCUAAUGAAAUAAAUAAUCAGAAUGUAGAAUAUACAUUUGAAGAUUAUAAUAAGUUAGACAAACAAGAAACUUUUUUAUAUAUUUCUUUAAAAAAAAUAAAUGAAAUUGAAAAUGCAUAUAUAUGGUGGUCUACAUUAUUUACAAAUGAACAUCCAAUAAAAAUUGAAAAUCUUCCUUCUAGAAGUUCAAUAAAUAAAUCAAAAAAAGGAAUGCAUUCUUUUAAGGCUGCUUGGGAUGAAGCACAUGAAAUUUUUAAGAAAAAUAUAUCCAUGAAACAACUACCAUUUGGUAUAGAUUCUUCAUAA